AUGGCUUCACAAGAUGACACCCAAAAGGGGGAUGAAAAAGCACAGCUCCUGGCUUCACAGGAGGACACCCAAAAGGGGGAUGGAAAAGCACAGCUCCAGGCUUCACAGAAGGACACCCAAAAAGGGGAUGGAAAAGCACCUCUCCUGGCAGAGGUAUUUCAGAACGAAGGACUGGAGGUUGGAUAUUGGCUCCCCAAACUGUCCAAGAUCCUGGGAGUCCAGUGCACAGAAGCCCUGCAACAUCUGCAAUAUGAAGACUACCUUAAGCUGGAGUGCCAAGUGCGGCACUCCUGGGAGAAAAAGGCGCUCCAGAAACUCCUGAAAAUACCAGACAACAAAGCAACUUCUGAGGAGCUGCAGAAGCAGCACCUGGAGAGGACAAAGCAGAGACAAGAAGUGGCCAAGCAAGUCCUGAAUGAGCUGACAGAAACGCCCAAGAGCCGCAGCCAGAGCCAGGAUGCUGUAAGGCAGAAAGCAGAGGCUCAAUGGCAAGCCAUGGAGAUUCCCAAGGAGUUCCAGCCAGCGCCAAAGAAACCUUUGGCGGAUGUGCUGGAGAGCAACUCGAAGCAGCUGGAGCAGCAGGAGUCGUCAGUGUGCAGGAGGGAGAACAUCCCCGACACAGAGGUGCUGAGGCAGGCAUCAGGGGGACUGGCCCUGCAGGGCAUCUACAGAACCAGCAGAGCUGAAGAUGUGCUGGCAAAGCGAGAGCAGCUCAUCAGGGUUCCUGAGGGAUUCCAGCUCAUCGGUCCAGAGAAAGGAUCAGUGCUUGAGAGGAAGGAGUUCUCCUCCAAUGCAGCAGAAUCCUCUUUCACCAAGUCCAUGGAGCAGCUGGGCUUCACCAUCAGCGCUUCUGCCAAAGCCGAGUUCUGGAGGGUUAGUUUGGGCCUUGGUGUAGAUUACAGCAGGUCCUCACAGUCAGAGGACACCCACCAGUCCAACUCUGAGCAGAGCUACUUUUGCAUCACCAAGUACCAGUACAUCCCUCUGGCCUCCUGCUUCUUCCAAAGGCAUCAGCUUCUCCUCUCGGAUGCAGCCCUGCAAGAGCUGCAACAUGUGGAGCAGCUUUUGAGCUUCACUCGGGAAGAAGACAAGCCCAAACUGCUGGAGAGCUUCUUCCACAGGUUUGGGUCCCACGUCGACCAGGGUCCCCUCCACUUUGGGGGGAUAUUCUGGUGGAAGGCGUAUACAGAAGGAUUCAGAGACGAGCACCAGGAAAAGGUGAAGCGACAAACAUCUGAUGCCCUGAACAGCUUUGUUGGGGCCAGUCUCGGUGGCUUUGGGGCCAGUGGAGGAGGGGCCUCAACUGUUUCCAUAUCCAGCUCAAAGGCCUCUGUCGAGGACCAAGCCAGAGAGAGCUCCCUCACAGACAUUCAGCUCUACGUGGUCAACACAGGGGGCCCAUCAGAGACAGAUUCUCUUUCUCAGUGGAAGAAUGGGCUUGUGUCCAAUAACUCAACGUGGUGCGUUAUCGACCGUGGCUUCCAGCUGAUCCCAGUGUGGGAGGUCAUCCUGUGCAAUCACAGCAGGGAUUUUCAGUCUGUCUAUGGAAUGAGCAGUGCCCUCAGGGCUGCGUACAAAGCACUGACGAAUCAGAGCGUUGACACCACUUUUAGAGAGGAACUGGCCAGUGCAGUGGAAGAGGCCAGAGAUUUCAUGGAGUUUGUGAAGACCUGGGAGGGGACAGUGGAUGAAAGGAAACUGCUCAUGCUGAUGGAUCUAAAAGAGGAUCUGAAUGCAAAAACCAAGAACCCCAGUGUCUGGAUUGAGGUGUGCCUGUCGGACAAAGCCCUGCAGGAGGUCCUGGUGAACACUGUGAGGAGUUGCCAGGAGUCACCUCCAGAAAACUCCACCUCUAUCAAGGCACUGUUGUGGAGCCUCCUGGAUCCUCAUAUCAAUUCUGUCAAGAACUUCCCCAAGUCUUCCUUCAUUAUGCAAUGGAUCUUCCAGACUGAGCACAGGCUUCCCAAAACUCCCAAAGCCUUUGAGUUUGAACAGCUCGUGGAGACACUGCAGCAAAUGAUGGAGCACAUCCAUGCUGUCACCUACACACCAGGAACGUCUGCUACUGCCAUUCAGAAAGCAAAGAUAGAAGCCACCUGGAGUACAAUCUGUGUGAUUCAUUCCUCACUCCAGUCUCUCCAGGAAAGGGCUCAGAAGGACAUGCAACUGUUGGUGCUCUUAAUUGCAACCAGCACAGGGUAUCAGGUGGACAGCAACACUUUUCAGCGCCUCCUUGGACAUGAAGAAAUUCAGUACAUGGCAAAGGCAAUGGAAGCGGCACAUGAGCAGUAUGUGAAUCUGAAGGAGCAAGAUGCUGACAGAGCUGAGGCCUCCCUUCUGCUGACAGGUCUGACUGUGACACCUGAAAGUCAAGAGCUGUCCCCAGAGCAGAAGAGGGAGCGUUUAGUUUUCAUGGAAAGGCACAUGAAAGGCUUAUGGUCCUCAGGGAUAAAGAAUCUCCUCCAGAAGCACAGGGAAUGCAAAGACUGGGAGAUGCUGGAAUGUGACUUGUACAAAACCAUGUUAAGUGGCAGCAAAUCCAAAGCAAAUCAAGCCACCGCAAACCAAGAGUUCUUCCACUUGCUCAAGCGCCUUGGACUAGAAAGUCACUAUCCAGGAAAAAUGGGGAUGGGAGAUUUCCACAUCAUCUGCAAGACAUCUCUGCAUGACAGACAGCCCAGCAAGGACCAGGAACUACCAUUUCACUUCUUGCAGAAGCUCUUAACCGUGGAUUAUCGGGUGAGGUACCUGACUUGCAGGGAGGGAAGCAACCCAGGACUUGUCCCUGUGCCAGAAACCACAGAGCAAGAGCACGAAGCCUCAGACUCCUUUGAAAACGUUGUAAAUGAUUUGGAGGAAGCAGCCCCUGAAGCUGCAAGCAGGGAGGGCCACGUGCACCCCAUGGACCUCCAGAUGGCAAUUUUCCACUGUGCUGAUGACUUCUUGAGACAGUCCAUUGCAACCAAGCUGGCCUUCUGCCAACUGGCACUGCCUCUGCUGGUGCCCAAGCCGGGCACUGCCCAGAUCGAGUUCCCACUCUGGGCCCUCAGCCAAAUCAAAAGGAGUUGGAAAGAGGCGGAGAAGUCGGGACAGCAGCCCAGAAUGAACAGUUACAAUAACAAACUCAUCCAUCAGGCAGAGACACCCAUCGUGUCCUUCAUCCGCAUUGGCACCUCUGCCUCCUUUUCCAAGUCUCAGCUCCUCAAUGCUCUGCUGAGCAAACAAAGACAUGACACCUUUUUCCAUCGCCAUUGCCGAGGCAGCACCAGAGAGAGUUUGCUGAUGGAAGGUGUUGUGGAGAUUGCCUGGUACUGUCCCCGGGGAAGCCCUGAUGACACCUUUGAGUGCUGUGUGGCUUUCUGUAACCUGCAUGGGGAUGCCAGGGGUCACAGAGCACAGCUGCAGUUCUUACAGGAGAUCUCUGCUGUGAACGUGGCUCUUGUAUCCGAGUCUGAGCACAUGUACGACAGAGGAAAAAAACUUCUGCGUGACCUGUCGCAGUCACAAAGGCCUCUGGUUUGUCUUCUCACUGACAAAGAGAACGUUGCAGCUGGACAAUCCAGCAAAAACAUAACAAUAGGGAUCAAGAACAGAAAUGAAAGAGUAGUGUUGCAUGAGCUGAGCAAAACAAUCGGGAAUCUCCUGGAAGGGUCCAACCCUCGUUUCAGCCUGGACGCCUGCCUGGACAAAGCUCGCCAGCACGGAUUCUUAGUGGAUGAGGAUCAACCCGAGUGUGUGACAGCCAAAGCAAAGGCAAAGGAGCUGGUGACUCUUCUGAAGAAAGAGAAGCUGUCUGAGAUCAACUCCAAGCUCCUGCCUCAAGAAAAUCUGUGGCACCAGUGGAGCCAAAUUGAAUCCCUAAAGGCAGAAAUAAGAAGAAAGCAAUUAGAGCAAGUUUUCCCCCUCGAUCAGCUGAUGAACCCAUUCCUUGGCUUUCUCCUGUCACAGUCAGCAGAUACCAAGAAAUACUUCCUGCAGUGGAUGAAGGUCUUUAUGGACGACCUGUCCUCUGGUUACCUUGAAGAACUGAGGAGAGACCAACACAAGUUAUGGUCUGAAAUCCGCGCAAGAAAGAAAGACCAGGAAACACCCAGUGAGUUAAAUGCCCUCUCUGAAGAAAUCAAAGACUCAUCCAUUGGCCUUGAGCACCUUUUAAGAGAGGUAGGGCAGAUUUAUGAAGCUAAGGAAGUAAUGAGUUCACGGCAUGAAAAUGUUGUCAAACUGCCCCAAGUUGCAGCAGAUCUGAUGGUUUCAGGGUAUCCUGUGGAGCUGAUGGAUGGGGAUGCUUCUUGCCUCCCCCUGCACUGGGUGGGAGCAAUUUUUGACAGCCUAAUUGAGAGGCUGGGGGACAAACGAGUGUUUGUUCUCUCCGUGCUCGGCCUGCAGAGCACAGGGAAGUCAACCCUGCUGAAUGCCAUGUUUGGGCUGCAGUUCAACGUCAGUGCAGGGAGAUGCACCUGGGGAGUGUUUAUGCAGCUCCUCCCACUGGACGAGGAGCUGCAACAGGACAUGGGCUUUGAUUACAUGCUGGUUGUUGACACAAAGGGGCUUUGUGCCCCAGACAGGGCCAGUAAACAGUCCCUGAAUAAUGACAAUGAGCUGGCCACCUUUGUCAUUGGCAUCAGCAACAUGACCCUGAUCAACAUCUUUGGGGAGAAUCCCUCAGACAUGCAGGAUGUUCUUCAGAUCACUGUGCAGGCUUUUCUGAGGAUGAAGGAAGUACAUCUUUCCCCAAGCUGCCUCUUUGUCCACCAAAAUGUCAGAGAAGUUACUGCCAAGGAACAGAACCUGGGAGGACAAAGACUUUUUCAGGAAAUGCUGGAUGAAAUGACAGUGGCAGCUGCCCAGCAGGAAUCCUGUGACAUCUCCUCCUUCAGCGACAUCAUCCACUUUGAUGUGAACACCCACGUUCACUAUUUAGCUCACCUGUGGGAAGGAAACCCCCCAAUGGCACCACCCAACCCCACCUACAGCCACAAUGUCCAGCAAUUAAAGAGAAAAAUUCUCCAGGUUGCCAAGAAGGAGUCACAAGGCAGGAUUUUGAGGCUCUCGAGCCUGAAAGUUCGUAUUGGUGACCUCUGGAAUGCUUGGCUGAAUGAGAACUUUUUCGUCUUCAAGAAUUCACUGGAGAUUGCUGUGUACAGGAAACUGGACACUGCCUUUAGUCAGUGGACCUGGAGGCUGAGGAGUCACAUCUCAGAGGUACAAAUGAGACUGGGCAACAGAAUUCGGAAUGGAGACUUGCAGCAAGUCACCAGAGAACACCUGGAAGGGCUCGUGCAAGAGACAAGUGAUGCCAUCAUGACAGACAUGGAAAAGUAUUUCAGGGAAGACAAAGAUCGUGAGAUUUUGGUCCAGUGGAAAAGCAGCACAGAGCUGAAGAUGAAAGAUCUGAAAGAGUCUCUUCUUCUUGAAACUCGAAAGAAAUGUGAGAGUCUCAUUGAACUGCAGAAGACCCAGCAUAAACUGGAUGCAAGGAGUUCAGAAUAUGAAGACGAGCUGCUGAGAAGGAGCAGGGAGUUGGCUCUGACUCUGAAAGGCAAGAGCCUCAGUGAGAGAGAACUGAGAGACAACUUUACUGCUGUCUGGGACAAGUGGAUUGCUGAAGUCUCCUGUGCUGCUCCCCCUCCAGAACAGGUGGAUAUUGAUGUGGAAAUAGAAGAUGUCCUUCUGGAGUACUUUAAGGAGCCGGGAUUUUAUGCACGGAUUAGGUCAUUUCCCAAACACAGAGAAUUUUCUUUGGACUUGCGGAAACAUGUCAGGAAGAAAAACCUUUUUGCUUUGCUGCUGCUGGACCUUAACGAUGCUGAUGUGAACAACUUGCAGGACAUCACAGAGAACAUCAUACAGUGUGUGAGGGCAAACAUUGAUAAGAAGGAACAGAAGAAAAUGGAUUACAGUCGAAAUUUUAUUCAUGAAAUACUCAAUGAAGUACAGAAAGGUGUGAACUCUGUCCCCAGCAAUGCAUCAUGUACGUUUACCAGAGAUUACAGCCUAGAAUUAUCUCUCUACCUGUGCAGAAUGGCAGGGGAAAGGUUUAAAGCCAUGCACGAAGAAUUCCGGAAGGAUAAUUACCCAGUCAUCUACCUGAGCAGCAAGAGAGAAGAUUUCUUCACACAUUUCCAGAUUUCCUGCCAAGGAACCACUUCUGUCCCAACUUUUGCUACCUUCCUUUGUCAAAAGAUUGCCCUAUCUGUCUUCCAUCCUGCAUGUCAGAGGACGGCUAAAGCCAUUGCUAGAGACAUGCAGGAGAAAAUCCCAGAUUUCCAGGGCAACAGAGCCAAUCUGGAGGUUUGUAUCCUGAGAUUCCUGGCACAAGAAGAAAAGUUUAAGUACUUCAAGGAGUACCUUAAACACCCAAAAAAGUUUUUUCAGAUGUACAUUGCACUACAUUUUCUGAGGUGCUGUUUAGAUGAGAACAGGAGGCUGGAGAAGUUUUUAGCUUCCUCCCUUGAUCUUCUCUGUGGAAACAUCCUGUCAGCUGUUUCUUCAUCAACUGAAAAGGUCAAAGAUAGAAAUGACAGAGAGGACAAAACCUCUCUCUGGCUGGAUGAAUUUUGUAGGGAACUGACAGAGGUGAUCAACUUGCCCAGAAGUGAGCUGAGGUGCAUUGAGCAUCAGGAGAUCACAGACCUCCAGUUAUUUAACAAAACCAUGGAGGUAGCACUGGCUGCAAUGAGGGAUUGGCUCAAGGGAAAAUUUGUUUCUGCUGACCUGAGCUGGUUUGAAAGGCUGCCUCUCACCAUCCCGGCGGAGCUGUUUUCAGGGUGCUGGGAGCAGUGUCCCUUUUGUGGGGCUGUCUGCACAUACACCAUGUGGGGACACGAUGGGGACCAUCAGCUUGUCUUCCAUAGACCAGAAUUUUUGGCAGGACGGAAGUGGCGUGGAACAGACCACCUGGUCAUUGAGAUUUGUCGUAACUUUGCAAGUGCCGUUAAAUUUUCCAGUUGGAAGAUUCUUCCUGAUCCAUCCAUGCAAGCGUACUGGAAAUGGUUUGUGUGUCGUUUCAGAAGAGAUCUAGAAACCUUGUACAAUGGGAAAUUUCUGGGCAAAGGGGAAAUCCCUGAGGCCUGGAAGAGAAUUACUAAGCAGGAAGCACUUGCUGAGCUGGACAAGUGUUAUGCCACUCUGAUGGGAAGGAAGAACCUCCAUGGCUUUGCAGUUUAGAAGAACUGAGUACAAGGCUGUCCACAAAAUGCUGUUUCAAUGCUUAUGCUGUCAAGCCACAGGAAGACAAUGGUAUCCAACUGCUGACAAAUUUGGGUGAAAUAAGGUGCGUUACUUCAGCCCUCACUCAGAAACUCCCUCACUUCCUGAUCAACCAGAAUCCUCUUCCCUUCCUGCCAUAAACAUUUCCCUCUGCUUUGCCCUUGAGCAAAACAAAAACCCUCCUUGUGGUGAUGAGUCCAAUGGCCAAGAUGGAGCCCAAGUGCCAGAGGAAGAUCAAAGGCAGCACUAGGAAGCACCAAGUCGAUGAGCUGCUUCAGUGGAAUCCCUUGGAGGCUUUGAUAAUAAAGGAGCUGGUUUGGACCGGCCUGAUCCCUGUGUCCUUUCUGUCUGGGGGAGCCCCAGCUGGGGGUGACUUGAGCAUCUGUGCUGUGCACAGGGGCAAGUGACAGGGGGGUGGCCCUGGGCCAGGGUCUGGGGGAGGGGAUGUGGCAGGAGAGGGUCUGCUCGGUUCAGGGGGUCUGGUCAAGGACCACCCUCACUGUCUGAAGGGACAGUAAAUAGAGCAGGAAGCCACAAAGCAGGAGCUCCAGGGAAACCAAUGUGAGUGGCAGUGAAACAGGAGCCUGGACUAAAAGAGUUAACUAAGAAAUUUGGGCCUGCUAACAAGCUAUGAAUAUCCAAACGAUCUGUACUCGUUUUUUCCACCUACUGGACCAAAACUUAAGAGUAUGGUAAAAGAAACAUAGAAUAGGCCUAGAGGUAAUAAAUAAGGAUGCAGUAAGAUAAAGUAGACAUUUGAAUAGAAGAAACAGGUUGGGAGCCAAGGCCUUCUCCCAGCUUCAGUGAGCGGGUUGAAAACAAUAGAAGAGAAGGGAG